AUGGCGUCCAUGAAUGUGUGGAGUGUUUCAGCAGACUUAAUGGAUAAUUUUGCCGGAAACACGUCACAGCACAUGUUGGUAAACAGCACGGAGCCUUCCGGCGUCACCGCCCGAGAUGACGUCACCACCCAGCAUGACGUCACCAGCCGGGACCGGUUGAUCCCCGACGGGCUGAUGCUCUACGUCACCCUGUACCUCAGCAUCGUCAUACCCAUCGUCAUUUCCGCUUUCGGGACCGUCACCAACGUCAUCAACCUCGUCAUCUUCUCCAAGAUGGGCGUCAAGGACAGCAUGACGGUGGGGCUGUGGGCGUUGUCCCUCUCCGACCUGCUGGUCACGGUUCAAACCCUGGGGUCGUCCGUCUGUUACCUGGCCAACAUCACGACCCCCAGCAAGUUCAUGAACCCCAUCCUCAUCCAAUACGUCUCCUUAUGCUGGUCGCAAGACCUUAUGUACCUCGUCUCCAACUGGAUCACGACCUUCAUCUCCCUCGAGAGAUGCUACUGCGUCAUCAACCCUUUCAAGGUCAGGGCCACCUUCACCCGCAACCGCAGCAUCGCGGCGGUGGUUUUUAUUUACGCGUACCACAUCGGGAGUUACCUCCCUAUAUUCGCGACGCACAAGUUAGACUGGGCUUCGGAGGACGCGUCCAAUUUUUCAAACUCCUCCACCGUCAUGGUAGUGAGUUACGGCGCCAACAGAGCCACCAUCCACCACGCUGUGGACAUACUGAACGGUGCUGUGUUGCCCGUCAUUCAGCAGGCGCUGGUUAUCGGAAGCGCGGUUUGCCUGAGCUACGGGCUCAAGUCUAGCUCCAAGGUGAGGAAACACAAGCAAGGCGAUGACGUCAAGAGGCGGUCAAUGCUGUCGCAGAAGGAGAGUCGUCUGGUGACCGUGGUCGUGUUUCUGGCCAUUAUCUUGACCGUCUGCAACACACCGAGAUUUGUCGCCGUGUACGCCACACUUCUCAUCCCAGAAAUGUACAUCGGACGCCUGUACGAGAAUGUGUACGUAUUCCUCUGGGCACUAACCGCCCUCUUCGCCAGCCUCAACGCCUCCGUUAACAUCUGCGUGUAUCUCCUUGUCAACCUCAGCUUCCGGUCCAGGUUUAAACAACUCAUGUGCCCAACUUCGUCCACCAAAACGAUGUCUAGAGACUCAGACUCGCCUGGGAUAUCAGCCAUCUAUAAAUAA